CGGUCCCGUCGGUCCCAUUCUUGAUUCUCUUGCUUUCUUUUUUUUCUUGUGUUUUGUCUUUGAGGCUGUCGGGCAGGUACAAAUGACAUGCACAGAUUAGCGAGUGGGGAAGCGCAGAUCUCGAGAGCACUGGAGAGAGAACUGUAAUAAACUCGCGGGAGUGCGGGAUGCGGCCGAAGUCCAAAAAGCCACAAUCGGUUUCCGUUGACACACGCUGAGUCGGAGCCGUCGCCAACGACAAGUCGACGCACGUUACAUUUCGGGCCAAGGCAGCCAGCACGAACACAACCCCGAGGACGUCACACGCCCAAUUCUCCAACAAACAGAAAACCAACACCGGGGCAUCUCCGGUCGCUUGUCCGGAGGCCCUCUCCGAGCCCUCGAGUCAGUUGAUGUUGCUACGGCGUCUUUGCCGGUUGUCAAUUGUGUGAGUGUGAGUGGCAAAAGGGAACGGGGGUGAGCCCCAGGAUGAUUGUUUACCCAGCGAACCUCUACAGGUCCCAGGGAUCACAAACCUUAGUACUGUGGAUCCUGGUGGUACAUCAGUUUGGCUUGGUUUUCCAAGGAAAAAAAUGUAUCUUGCUCCACCGCAUUAGUGUUUGUGAUCCCUGGAACAAAGACGCCAUGGCGCUUGCGCACCACGCGAUCAUCGUGAUGGGGCAACGCAUUGAGCCUCCUGCUUUUUUUCUUUCACUCUUCCCCACAAACGAGAGCCGAACCCCAGAUCCUCCAAGGCCCUCGCUUGGUUAGGUUUCACAGUCGAGCAGGGACGUGAGCUCGACGACGACG